AACCGCAAGCGGGCCGCGGUGCGGGUAACGGCCGUACUGCAAACUCGGUGCGGCGAAGGCUUAGUUCAAUCACCCCGUUCUAGAAGCCGCGUCGCUGAGCUGCAGCGCGUCGCGCCCGGGCGGCGGAUGAACGCAAACCCCGCCCUCCAAGAGGCUCCGCCCCUGCGCCGGCGGUUGCUAGGCGGCAAGAAAGCGCCGGUUCUGUGUGGGUGGUACGCGGAGGCGCGAGGAGGGAGGUGCCUGGCGUCGCGCGGCGCUGGGAAACUGUCUUUGCCGCGGCGACCGGGCGCCCAGCGGCGUGGACUGGGAUUUCUGUGAGCAGAGGCUGCCGGGAGGGGGCGCUUGGAGGGUCUCGGGCGACUUCGAAAGCCUCGCAGCCGGAAGCCGCCGGUUGGCGGCCUGGAUUUAUCUUACGAAAGGUUUUAACCGUGGACUGGAGGUUUCUCAGGUUUUAAAUUUAAACUAAUAUGCUGUGUCCUUUAAUCGGAAAAGGCUCUGACCUUAUUUUUUCCCUUUAAGAAACAAGCGAUUACUUCAUUGGAGGGAAAAUGAACCGUUCCUCAGAUGUACCAGGUAAAGGUAUUCUGAAAUCAGGUACAAAAUCCUUAGGAAAAGUUCGCAGAGUACGUUUCGCAAAUGCACCAAAUUCAAGAUCAUUACUAUCAAUGCUUAAAGACAUUUCAGCUCAAAUAAUACAGAGGGCUUGGUUAUCUCAUACAAACAAAAUGAUAUUUCGACUCCUGAAACACGCAAUUUGUGCAGCGGAAUUCUGUGUGACACAUGAAAUACUGAAGAAAGUGUCCCCCUUAGAGGCUAAGCUUAUUAAGGAUCCUACCAUGCAGUGUAAAAUUAGAUUCAGAUUUAGAGGUGAAACGUUUCCACCUUUCAUCGUGUUUAAAAUUUUUCUUCAUACUGAUGGCCACGGUUACAAGUAUUUUAGCGGAAAAAAUGUAUUAAUGCCGUCAAGUGAGGCAGUGGUUGAUGCUUGCAAACUAAUGGGGGAAAGGAAAUUUCACCGUAUAAUUGUGGAAGAUGAGCGUAUUUUCCCAAAGUCCAAAGUAACUGAUAUAAUGGAUGUUGUCACCAUGCAAGAUUAUAUACAAUAUCGCAGUUUUUUCGAUGAGGCCCCUGCAUUUUCUGGCGGCAGAAAUAACAGCUGGCGCAAAUUAAAUCUUGAAAGUAUUCCCAGGACAAUGCUAAUGUAUGACAUAGUUCAUUAUUCAGAGUCUGGAGUAAUCUCAAACCGUCUACGAAAUGAAAUGAAGUUUCUAUUACAGAGACCAGUAACGCAAGAGAUCCAUAAGCACCAGCUACGGAUUGUUUCUGAAAACAGGUAA